AUGUCGUUAAAGUACAUUGAUAAUGCAAGAAAGAUUCUCUGUAUUGGAAGAAACUACGCUGCUCAUAUCAAAGAAUUGAAUAAUGUUCAACCUAGUGAGCCGUUUUUUUUCCUUAAGCCCUCAUCGUCGAUUUUAAGGCCUAACAGUGGAUCAGUAUUAGUUCCAAGAGGCACAGUUGUUCACCAUGAGAUUGAGCUUGCUAUUGUUCUUAACAGAACAUUGAGGAAUUUGGACAAAAAUUUCAGUGAUGAAGAAGCAUUGGAUUCUAUAGCUGGAUAUGCGUUGGCGUUGGAUAUGACAGCCAGAAAUGUUCAAGAUGAAGCAAAGAAAAAGGGAUUACCAUGGACAAUUGGGAAGGGGUUUGAUACAUUUUUACCAUUGUCUAGAUUUAUAAGCAAAGAGCAAAUACCAGAUCCAUACAAGGUUGAAUUAUCAUUUGACAUUAAUGGGAAAAACAAGCAAUUUGACUCAACAAAUCUAAUGCUUUUCAAGAUUAAUAAGAUAUUAUCUACAAUGUCUAGCAUUAUGACUUUGGAGAAGGGAGAUAUAAUUUUAACAGGGACACCCAAGGGUGUUGGACCAAUUCAUCCAGGAGAUUAUUUAUUUGGAAAAAUUAUUAACGAUAAAGGACAGGUUAUUGAGGAAAGUAUUCUUGAUUUAAAUGUUGAUGAAAAGGACGGCCCAUAUAUUUUUAAAAACUAA